AUGGGUAAGAGUACUAUCAAAAAGGUUUCCAAGAAGGACUUGAAACGGAAGGAAAGCAAGAAAGAGGUUGCUGCCGCUAAAAAGGCCGAAACUGAAGCUAAGGAAUCUUCCUCCAGCGACUCUGAUUCUUCCAGCUCUAGCGAAGAAAGCUCUUCCAGUGAUGAGGAAUCCUCCAGCGAGUCUUCCUCGUCUUCUUCUUCCUCUUCUGACAGCGAAUCUUCCUCCUCGGACGACGAUUCUUCUUCAUCCGACAGCGAGUCCUCAUCUGACAGUGACGCUGAAGAAGAGACUAAGCCAAAGGAAGAACCUACCAAAGAUGCUGAAGAAAGCUCUUCUUCCAGCGACUCUGAAUCUGAACAAGAAGAAGAGGCAAAGAAGGAAUCUUCAUCUUCUAGCUCCUCUUCUUCCAGCUCCUCAUCUUCUUCCAGCGAGUCCGACUCCGACUCCGAUUCAAGCUCUAGUGACUCUGAAUCUAGCGACUCUAGUUCCAGUGACUCGGAAUCGGCUAGUUCAGAGGAAGUCGAAACUGAGGAAAAGACCUCUAAGAAGCGUAAGAACGGGGAAAGCGAAGAAAGUGACAGCAAUAACGAAUCCAAAAAGCAAAAGGUCGAGCUAUCCGGUGAACCAGCCACGAUUUUCGUCGGUAGAUUGUCUUGGAACAUCGAUGACGAAUGGCUCAAGACCGAAUUUGAGCCAAUUGGCGGUGUUGUAAGCGCCAGAGUCAUCUACGAAAGGGGCAGCGACAGAUCUCGUGGUUAUGGUUACGUUGACUUUGAAGACAAGUCCUAUGCUGAAAAGGCCGUUAAGGAAAUGCACGGAAAAGAAAUUGAUGGAAGACCCAUCAACUGUGACAUGUCUACCAGUAAGCCCGCUUCCAAUCCAAGGGAAGACCGUGCCAAGAAAUUCGGUGACACCCCAUCUCAACCAUCUGAUACUCUAUUUUUGGGUAAUCUUUCAUUCAAUGUCGACAGAGACAAUCUGUUUGAAGUUUUUGGUGAACACGGUGAGGUUGUGUCCGUUCGUGUGCCAACACACCCUGAAACCGAGCAGCCAAAGGGUUUCGGUUACGUCCAAUAUGGAUCUGUUGAGGAGGCCCAAAAAGCUCUUGAUGCUUUGCAAGGUACUUACAUCGAUAACAGACCAGUUAGACUAGACUUUUCCACUCCAAAACAAAACAACAACGGUGGCAACGGUGGCAACCGUGGAGGUAGUCGUGGUGGUUUUGGUGGUAACCGUGGUGGAAACCGUGGUGGACGCGGUGGUAGCCGUGGUGGUUUCAGACCAUCCGGCUCUGGCUCUAACACCGCUCCACUAGGCAAGGCCAGACAAACUGCUGCCUUCCAAGGUCAAAAGAAGACUUUUGAUUGA